GCAAAAUCUGGUCUGGGCUAGGCUGUACAAAACAGCAUUCACCAGUGGUGGUGGCACACACCUUUAAUCUGGGAGGCAGAGGCUGAUGGAUUUCUGAGUUCCAGGGCUACACAGAGAAACCCUGUCUCGAACCUCCCCCCCCUCCUCCAAAAUAUCUUCAAACAAAACAACAUUUGCAUGUAUUGGAGCCUCACCUCUGCCUCUGGAGCUAGGAGCCAUUCGCAGCCCGAGCAGACCCCAUGCUGGAGUGAAAAGCAUUGCUCGGUCCAUUGCGCUCCUGCCUGCCUGCCUGCCUGCUUUUCUGUUGAGCGUUAGGGUCUGUUUUGGUCCAGGUUCUGAAGAGGCUGUGUGUGCUGUUGGAGGAACUGUACUGAGUGGCUUUUCAGGGUGAGAGCAUGGAGUCCCUCUUUCCUGCCCCAUUCUGGGAGGUCUUGUAUGGCAGCCACUUUCAAGGCAACCUGUCCCUCCUAAAUGAGACUGUACCCCACCACCUGCUGCUCAAUGCUAGCCACAGCGCCUUCCUGCCCCUUGGACUCAAAGUCACCAUCGUGGGGCUCUACUUGGCUGUGUGCAUCGGGGGGCUCCUGGGGAACUGCCUCGUCAUGUAUGUCAUCCUCAGGCACACCAAGAUGAAGACAGCUACCAACAUUUACAUAUUUAACCUGGCGCUGGCCGAUACCCUGGUCUUGCUGACCCUGCCCUUCCAGGGCGCCGAUAUCCUCCUGGGCUUCUGGCCAUUUGGAGAUGCGCUGUGCAAAACGGUCAUCGCCACUGAUUACUACAACCUGUUCACCAGCACUUUCACUCUCACGGCCAUGAGUGUAGACCGUUACGUGGCCAUCUGCCACCCUAUCCGUGCCCUGGAUGUUCGGACAUCCAGCAAAGCCCAGGCUGUCAACGUGGCCAUAUGGGCCCUGGCCUCAGUGGUUGGUGUUCCUGUUGCCAUCAUGGGCUCAGCACAAGUGGAGGAUGAAGAGAUCGAGUGCCUGGUGGAGAUCCCUGCCCCUCAGGACUAUUGGGGCCCUGUAUUUGCCAUCUGCAUCUUCCUUUUUUCCUUCAUCAUCCCUGUGCUGAUCAUCUCUGUCUGCUACAGCCUCAUGAUUCGACGGCUCCGCGGUGUCCGUCUGCUUUCAGGCUCCCGAGAGAAGGACCGGAACCUGCGGCGUAUCACACGGCUGGUGCUGGUGGUGGUGGCCGUGUUUGUGGGCUGCUGGACACCCGUGCAGGUCUUUGUGCUGGUCCAAGGACUGGGUGUUCAGCCAGGUAGUGAGACUGCAGUAGCCAUCCUGCGCUUCUGCACAGCCCUGGGCUAUGUCAACAGCUGUCUCAACCCCAUUCUUUACGCUUUCCUGGAUGAAAACUUCAAGGCCUGCUUUAGGAAGUUCUGCUGCGCUUCAUCCCUGCAUCGGGAGAUGCAGGUUUCUGAUCGCGUGCGCAGCAUCGCCAAGGAUGUGGGCUUUGCCUGCAAGACCUCUGAGACAGUACCACGGCCGGCAUGACUAGGCGUGGACCUGCCCAUGGUGCCUGUCAGCCCACAGAGCCCAUCUACACCCAACACAGAGCUCACACAGGUCACUGCUCUCUAGGUUGACCCUGAACCUUGAGCAUCUGGGGCCUUGAAUGGCUCAGGAUGCUCAGUCCUAGAGGAAGACCUUAUAACACCAUGGGACAGGUCAAAGCGUCAAGGUGGCCUUCUUGGCCUCGGUUAUAGCAAGCUCCCUCCUUGGUGUAGGACCAGAGAGGACCAAAGGACACUGCAUGGAAACAGUGGACAUGCCUGGUGAGCCCAUGUAGGUACUCAUGCUUUACUUGACUCUUCCCUGGCCUCUCCCUGCUCUCCUGGUUCUAGGUGGACUCAACCUGAGGUAUGGUAGUGAUCACAUGGUCACAUGUUGUCUGCUGUUGUCCUCAGCUCUUCAGUAUCUCCACAAGACGGCUGGACAUACUUGGUGUUACCCGGUAGUACAGUGGGCAGCAUUUUUCUUUUUAAGUAAGGCUGGCUUCUAAGCCUGGAGUCACCUUGGAGCAUCUUCUGGUUCUGACUCCACUGAUGCAGCCAGAUUACCUGAGGUGGGUGGGCGUCGGUGGGUUCUUGGAUGGCCGUUUUCAGAAGAUGCUUUCCGAGCUGUACCAUGAAGUCUGUGAAGGGGACUUCACACUUUACUUGGACUGCCACUGCCUGCUCUAACUGACUGUGGCUCCAAGCUGGGCCACCUUCUCAGCAACAGGCCAACAAGGGGACAAGACCCACAGCCUCCCUAAGGUUUUUUUUUUCCCCUCCAAAACCACUGUGAACUCUUACACUACAGAUUGCUUCACAAGCUCUGCUCCCAGGUGUGUGAGAGGUAAUCAGGAGAGAGCCGUGUGGCCUCUGUAGGGUGAUCACGACAUGGAGGCACCAUGUGCUGGUCUUGUCUGCUUAGCAAGGGCGGGGCAAGGCAGGAGUAUAUGUUCUCUCAGCAUUCUCCACAACCUUCCUAAGCUCUCCAGCAGCCUCUCUUUUAACUUGACAUUGGAGAUCAGCAGCUGUACAGCUAGAAGUGAACUUGAAGCCUGGGGAUGGUGGCAGUCAGGACGUAUUCUGUUCUAUAUCCACUGUGACCACUUGUUUCACUUACAGGUCUUAGGACAAAUUUGAGCUUGCUGCCAAAUUGGAGGCUGGCAUCAAAUGAAGUGCUGGUAUGAGAGACGAAGCCUAAAAUGGCUCAUUUGAGUCAAUCUGCAAGGACCAUCAGGGUUUGGGGACGUUGGAAGAAGAGUCUGUACCUUGGAGACCUAUUUGGUGGUUCAGAGAAUAAGAGGCUUUGUAAAUACUUUCUGUGGGCAAGAUACCAAAGUACCAGCAACCUUCCAUAGAUUAUGGUCUUACACUGAGGCAUUGGUCAGGUGGUUUCAUAUAAUGCAGGGCCCGAUGCCGGGCCUGGGCUGGUUCCUGUCUCAGAGAGACCUGGCCUUAACAAUCUUUCCGGGAAGGCCAGGUCUCUUUCUGUGACACUGGAGCAGGAAUCAUUAGCUAUAGCGUAUUGCUAUGGUCAGAAACUUUGUGAAUUUGUAUAUCUUUAUGUAUUUAAGCAUGCAACAAGUAUCAUUUCUUGCAUGUAGCUAGCACUGAGCCUGCCUCUUGAGUAAUGAAGGAGUGCUUUAAUAAACACUUGCCUACUGUCUGGU